UUGACUGGACUUCAUCUUCUCGCUGCGGCUCACAGAGACCUGAGAGGACCAACAACAACAACAUGUGGAUCCGAAGAGGAGCUCCACCGACAAACUCACCUACUGGACGUGAUUUUAACACCGGAAAUGAAGCUGCACAGAGCAGUGAAGUCCAGCAGCUGGUGGUGAGUAAAGAAGAGCAGCAGGAGUGGAGCCCCAGUCUGGACCAGGAGGACCCUGAGCCCCCACACAUUAAAGAAGAACAGGAGGAACUGUGGAGCAGUCAGGAGGAAGAACAGCUUCAAGGACUGGAGGAGGCUGAUACCACCAAGUUCCCCUUCACUCCUGUCUCUGUGAAGAGUGAAGAUGAUGAAGAGGAAGCUCAGUCCUCACAGCUUCAUCAGAGAGAAACUGAACAGAUGGAAACAGGAGCUGAUGGAGAGGACUGUGGAGGAGCAGAACCAGAGACUGAUGACAUGACUGAGGACUCUUCUGACCCUGAGACUGAAGACUGGAAGGAUGCUGAUAGAAAACCCUUUUCCUGCUCUUUGUGUGGUAAAAGAUUUGAACAUCAAGGAAAUCUUAACGUACACAUGAGAACACACACAGGAGUAAAACCUUUCAGUUGUUCAUUCUGUGGCAAACGGUUUACUCAAAAGGCCGGUCUGGACUAUCACCUGAGAACUCACACUGUAGAGGGAUCAUACAGCUGCUCGAUCUGUGCCAAAACAUUUAAAUAUAAAGGAGCCUUGACAUGUCACAUGGAUACUCACACAGGGGUGAAACUGCUCAGCUGCAGUGACUGUGGCAAAAGAUUCAGAUGUACAUCACAGCUCAAAAUCCACAAGUGUGUUGGUAAGACGUCCCACCUUCACACAAACCCAAGUAACAAACACAAGACGCCACUGAGCUGCACUGAAUGUGAUGCAACGUUUCCUAACAAUUAUCUGCUCGUGACCCACAUGAGGAUGCACAAAGGCAAGAAACUGUUCACCUGCAAAGUUUGUGGCCAGAAACGUCAGUUUAGUUCCCACCUAGAGAUACACAUGAGAACCCAUACUGGAGAGAAACCAUACAGUUGUCCUGUUUGUGAUAAAAGGUUUUCACAAAGCGGUAUAAUGAGGCAACACAUGGCCGUCCACUUGGUGGAGAAACCAUACAGCUGCUCUGACUGUGGGAGAAGGUUCUUCUGGAAGUUUCAAGUGAAAAAACACAAGUGUCUUGGAAAGUACCAAAGAAGAACUGGAUCUCAUUGUCAGGACUAUAAAGAACCAGGACAGGGAAGGAUUUUAAAUCCAGACGCAGAUUUGAAAGCAGACUGUGAUGAAGAGACCAAACCAUCUGUUGGAACUGAUGACAGUGUUGACAUCGAAUUUUGGAAAGGCACCAGGAAACAUCACCAAGGUUUCACUUAUCAGAGAAAUAAAAGAGUGUCAGGGAAAGAUGGAUGUAGUCCUGGCAAGAAAUUAUCAACUUGUUCUCAUGAUAUAAUCCAACCUAAGAAACACUACACUGUUAACAUUGAUUUAUGCAAUCAAGCCAAGCAGCUCCACUCAGGUCUGACCUACCUGAAGAAUCCAGACGUCUCUCUGGACGGUGCAGAGAGAUCCUCCCUCGGCUUCUUUGAGUGUCUUAAAUCAUCUAAAGACCCUCAGACUCUGCUCUCACACCAGACAUGUGAUGAGGGAAAACAACCCAAUAGUUGUCGGAAAGGAUUCACAACAGGAGGCUGUUUGACGAGACACAUAUCUGUCCAGAAACGACUCGGCUGUAUCGUCUGUGAGAAAACAUUUAUUAAAGAGUCCCAGUUCAUUAACCAUGUGUGUGUUGGCGAGUCCUCAGAGCAGAAUCAGAGCCGGACUGAGGGACCGAUAGUAGCCGACAGAUCUAUCAGCUGCUCUCACUGUGGGGAAGGAUUUGUCAGUCAGCACAAUCUGCUGGUGCACAUGAAAGUUCAUACUGAGGAGAAUUUAAGUUUCCAUAUGACAUGUCGCACUGCGGAGAAGCCAUUCUGCUGCUCGGUGUGUAACACAGGGUUCACUGACUGUGAGUCUUUGGUUAUACACAUGAGAACCCACACCGGACACACACAGUUCAGCUGCUCAGUUUGUGGUCAAGAAUUUGCCUGGAGAAGACUUUUGACAAAACAUAUGGAGGUCCACACACCUGAGAACAUCUGCAGCGGUUCUGUUUGUCACCAAAGACUGUCUGGGCCCUCUGAGUUAGAAAAACUUGAGUGUGUUGGAGGUCCGGCUUCAGAGCUUCAUCCAAACCGAAGUGAGGAGAAAAGAGAGACAGGAACAGGAGCUGAUGGAGAGGACUGUGGAGGAGACUCAGGUCCAGAGACUGAGGUCAAGACUGAAGACAGUAAUAACUGGAAGGCGAGUGGAGAACAUCAGUCAGGUUUAAAGUCUCUGAGAAAUGAUGAUGUCUCCCAGAGUUCAGUAACAUUUGACUCUGACAGGAAACAAGAAUUCUGCUCUGACUCUGAUCAAACCUUUGACAACAAUCACCUCCUGAAGAUCCACAGACAUGAUCACACAGGAGAUAAACUUUUCAAUGGAUCAGGAUGUGAGAACCAGUUAACACAAAGAGGAAGUCUGGGCCAACACAUGAUGGACCAAAGAGGGGUACACAGAGGGGCCAAGCAGGAGGACACAGAGCCUCCACUUAUUAAGGAGGAACAGGAGGAGAUCUGGAUCGGUCAGGCUGAUACCACCAAGUUCCCCUUCACUCCUGUCUCUAUGAAGAGUGAAGAUGAUGAAGAGGAAGCUCAGUCCUCACAGCUUCAUCAGAGACAAACUGAACAGAUGGAAACAGGAGCUGAUGGAGAGGACUGUGGAGGAGAAGAACCAGAGAGGGACUCAGAUCCAGAGACACCUUUAGGACCAAAGACUGAGGACAAGACUGAAGACUCUUCUGGAACUGAGGGCAGUGUGGACAGUGACUUUUGGAAAGAGACCAGAGAACGCCCGUCAGGUCUAAGACAUGAUGAGAUCUCUGCCAGUGAUUCUGGAUUUAAUUCAGUCAAGAAAACGUUGAUCUGCUUGGCUGAUAACGUUUCAGAGACUCUGGACGCUGAGAGCGAUGACAGAGACUUUGGGAGAGAAGGAAAUAGAAAACCUGAGUCAGAGGUAAACUCUGAAGAGAUUCAUACUCACAGGAAACCACACAGCUGCUCCGAGUGUGGUAAACGUUUUCACCAAAUUUUGAAUUUGAAAAACCACAUGAGGUUUCACGAAAGAGAGCGAUUCCUUUGUUCAGUGUGUGGUCUCAAGUGUCUUUAUGUGUCCCACCUGAGGAUACACAUGAGGACACAUACAGGAGAGAAACCAUUCGUGUGUCCAGUUUGUGGGAAAAAAUAUGCCCAUAAGGCAAGUAUGCAUACUCACAUGGCUGUACACACUGUAGAAAAAAAACACAUCUGUAACGUCUGUGACAGAAGCUUUGCGUGGUAUACAGAGCUGAAAUACCAUCAGUGUGUUGGAGAGUCGUGACACAAGACGACCUUCAGGAGAGAGAGCAUGUCGACUCACACCGUAGAUGACUGACUCUCCUGUCGGACUGACUCGCAUUCUUUCGGACUGACU